AUGCGCUUAAGUGCACUCACCAGUGCCCGUUCUGCUCUCCGGAUGGCGCCGCGGGUGGAGUUGUACACUGCCUACGAGCUAUCCCCCGUGCAGGAAAAGAUCAGGGAGGCGAACAAAAAGGGCACAUACGGAGCGGUGCCCAAACGCUGUGUGGUCACCGGUGGCUUGGGCUUUGUGGGCCAACGCCUGGUGGAGACUUUGGUGGAACGAGGGGCUGAGCAGGUGGUCUCCUUUGACAUCGUCCCACCACCAGCCAACGUGUGGAAACAUGAGGCGAUCAAGUACAUUACGGGGGACCUUUGCAACCUCGAGGAUGUUGAGGAAGCGGUAAAAGGUGCCGACUGUGUCUGGCACAAUGCAGCAGCUGUUGGUCCUUUCCUGCCCAAGCACUUCUACGGAAAUGUGAACGUGCUGGGGACCAAAAACGUUUUAGAAGCUUGCAAGAAGCAAGGAGUGAGCAAGAUUGUUUACUCAGCGACUCCAUCGUCACGCUUUACCUGUUCGGGAGAUGUCGAUGGCCACACUGAGGCCGACAUGCCAGAUAUCCCUCAGGAGUCCUAUGUGGCGGAAUAUUCUGCCACGAAGGCGGAGGGUGAGCUGCUCCUUCGCAAGGCUUGCAAGAAUGGUGAGAUCAUGUAUAUUGCUGUUGCGCCGCAUACGGUCUAUGGACCACGCGACAAUCUCUUUCUUCCCAAUCUUUUAGAAGCUGCGGGUAUUGGAAAACUCCGCAUUUUUGGAAACGGCCAAAGCCGUGUGGGGUACACGCAUGUUGACAAUUACUGUCACGGCCUCAUCAUUGCAGAGAAGCAGAUCUACGAGACGUCACCCCACUUAGGGAAAUUCUACGUUUGCACGGAUGGAGCCACACAUCCGCAUCCGGAGGGCUACAGCAUCUUUUGGAACGAGCUGAAUGAAGCGGUGGUGGGUAUGGGCUUCGACUCCCUGUACAGCAAGAUGGCCUUGCCCUAUUUUCUCUUGAGGAUCAUAGCAGCGAUUUGCGAUGCCAUCAGUGCGGUCACUGGUAAGAAAUUGAAGCUUGGAUGGUUCACUCUUCGAAUGUUGACCAUGCACAGGUGGUUCCGCAUUACAGCAGCUCAAAGCGACCUGGGUUACCAGCCCAUCGUCUCCUACAAAGAAGGAUGGCCAGAUACCAUCGAGUGGUUCAGGAACAAAUGGCUGCCAACUUUUGACCCUUCUACCGCGUCUGGAACCACUGGUGGAAUUGCCCAACAAACAGUGGAUAAGGUCAAACUGCAAGAGCAGCGCAUGAAGAAAUGA